AUGAGCAGCCGCUCUGGUCCGUACAAACGACGCUUCCCCCCCCCCCAUGCUCCCCCUCUCGCCGCUGUCCUGCCCAGCGAUUAUUACUCCGUGGAGAAUGGGCGUGGGGACGGUCCCGGGAAGGGUGCCGACAAGGGCAGCUGCACCUCCGCCGGGUCUACAGGGACGAAGAAGUCGGUGAUAGAGGCCGGCGAGGUCGCGGGGGACUAUUCUUUGGACUGGAAGGGCACAUUCGACAUGACGCUGGUGCAGGUGACGGUGGCCUGGUUGGCAGUAAACAUCGGGCUCACACUGUGGAUCAAGCCGACCCUGUUCCAUAACGCAGAAUUCUGGGUGCUACAGGUCCCCAAGCUAGCCUUCAUGAUAGUGGUGUCUAUUUUGGCCGGCUCCCUGUGCCGGCACUUCUGCCCCGCGGACGAUACGGGGUAUAUCAUGACAUCCAAGAACUCGUGGUUCAAGGCGAGAACUAUGCUGUGUUCGCCGUAG